AUGAAAUAUCUAGUCAUUUUAUUUGUUUGUAUUUUUAACACACUAGCUUAUAAUUAUAAACCAGUAAUUUUAUUACAUGGAAUCCUCACUGGACCAGAAAGUAUGGAAUUAAUUAAAAGUCGUAUAGAAGAGAAACAUCCAGGAACUAUUGUUUAUAAUAUUGAACAAUUUGGUGGAUGGUCUAGUCUUGAGAACAUGUGGUAUCAAGUGCAACAAAUUUCUCAAUACAUUUCAAAUAUUACUAUAAAACAUCCAGAAGGCGUACAUUUUGUAGGUUACUCUCAAGGAGCUCUCUUAGGCAGAACUAUUUUACAAGCCAAUCCAAACCACAGGAUUCUUCGAUAUAUAUCUUUAAGCGGACCACAGGCUGGCCAAUAUGGAACUCAGUUUCUGCAUUUAUAUUUCCCAGGUUUAGCUCUUGAAACAGCUUUUGAAUUGUUUUAUUCUAGAGUUGGUCAGCAUACUUCUGUGGGGAACUAUUGGAAUGAUCCUUAUCACAACAAAUUGUACCUGAGUUACUCACAGUAUUUACCUUUUGUAAAUAAUGAACUAGAAUCUAAUAAAAGUGACCAAUUCAAACAGGGCCUUUCAAAACUAGAUAUGCUGGUUCUCAUAGGAGGACCAGAUGAUAAUGUGAUAACACCCUGGCAGUCUAGUCAAUUUGGAUAUUACAAUAAAAAUGGAACUGUGGUGGACUUAAAAGAUCGGGAUAUUUACCAACAAGAUUCCAUUGGACUGAAAACUUUAUAUGAGAAAAAGAAGUUAAAAAUUAUAACUGUACCUGGAAUAAACCACUUCAUGUGGCACCUCAAUGUAUCUAUAUGUGAUAAUUAUAUUUUACCAUAUCUCAAUUGA